AUGCAAGCGAAGGCUUCAGUUAUGCUGCUGAUGUUCGUCUGUUCAUCGAGUAUAAUUCAUCAAAGUGAAUCAAGCACCACAAGUGGCCCGACAAAGCAAUUUUAUGAUGAUAUGGAAACAAGGCCGAUUCUCACAUAUCAGUGCUACCAAAGUGGCAACAGCAUUGAUUCACCGAAUUCUAUCAACUACACCAUUCUCUGGGACGGGACUGAUUCAAGCACUACAGGCGCCAAUGGCACCACGUGGUCCGCGGUAGCAGGAACGCCUAACUCCUACACCAUGGGCAGCUUAACAACCCAUUACGACGCAGCAAGCGGUGUCGGAAAACUUGAAACUUCAACCGUCCAGGAAGACGUGACAGUUCUCCAGCCAUUCCAAGGCAAUGCCCUGUAUUUGAAGAUUGUUAUCACCAGCAAGGACAACCUUGAGGUCUACAAGAUAUAUGAUGUGGACUUUAAAUGCAAGAAUGCAAAGACACUCUUAAAAAGAGUUUGUCCGCAGCCCUGCAGCUGGAAACUGACUCGAGAGAUCUAA